CAGAAAAGGGUCACGAACUCACGACACUCCCCACCCAUGGCGGCCGCGCGCGUCCACCUCCACCUCUGCCCGCGCCUCCUCCGAGCCUUCGCGUCCUCCACGUCUCGCCCUCUCGUCGCGACCCACACCAGGACUUCGCCCUUACGGCGCACGGGACCGGCCAGGCCGCUCGCCGCCCGCAACCGCCGCGGGGCCGGCUCCUCCAUGGCCGCCGCGCCGCCCGCCGAGGCCGAGGACUUCGCCACAGCUGCGGACCUGCAGUUCGAGGCGCCGCUCAAGAUCGUGCUGUACCCCGACCCCGUCCUGCGCGCGCGCAACAAGCGCAUCAACACCUUCGACGCCAACCUCCGCUCCCUCGCGGACGAGAUGUUCGACGUCAUGUACAAGACUGAUGGCAUCGGUCUCUCGGCACCGCAAGUCGGGGUGAACGUGCAGCUCAUGGUGUUCAACGAAGCCGGGGUGAAAGGAGAAGGGCAGGAGAUUGUCCUUGUCAACCCGGAGGUGUACAAGUUCUCGAAGCGAUUGGUAGUCGAUGAAGAGGGGUGCUUGUCGUUCCCUGGGAUAUAUGCCAAUGUGCUGAGACCAGACACUGUUAAAAUUAAUGCUCAAGAUGUUAGUGGGGCAAAGAUCAAAGUUAGGUUAUCUCAACUAUCUGCAAGAGUGUUCCAGCAUGAGUUUGAUCACUUACUGGGGAUUCUUUUCUUCGACAGAAUGACUGUGGAUGUUGUUGAGAGCAUACGUAAACAGCUGAAGGACCUGGAGGACAGAUACGUGGAAACAACAGGACAGAAAAGCCCCGAAACUGUUGAAAACUACAGAGGAGCAAAGGAUGUCAUUAGUUUUUCAAGAUGAUGAUUUUGCAUCGGUUCUGCUCCAAAUGUUUCGUCAAGCCGAGCUUCACAUUGAGGAGUUUGUGGAACAGUUUGUUGUGCAUACUGCGGUCAUUCUAGCUAUGGCAGUUUUGCAUGUCUAGAUAUUGCUAUAUCAAUGGAAUUACAAAAGGAAAUUUUACAAUUUAUCAAUGAAGUAUUAUUUCAAGGAA